AUGGCAUCGCAUUCUCAAAGUCACGAAAAGAGUGACCAACCACGCACCAUCACUAUAACUAUUCCAUCGACUAGAAAGAUAUACCAAAUCGUCGCUUUAACGGCGUUGUUUAUAACGACUUUGGUAUUGGUUAUCAAAGGUGGUGCUCAUAUUGGAAGAAAAGAAUCUGCUCUAGCAAGGAAACAAAAUAUGAAUUAUGAUUCUGAUGCUAAGUAUGAUUCUGAUGCUAUCAAGUAUAAAGAGCAAUAUUCAUAUGUUAAAUAUAAAGUUCCAGAAUAUACAGGGAAAAAAGCAAGAGCUACUUUUGUUACAUUGGCCCGUAAUAACGAUAAAAAUGGGUUACUAUCCACUGUCAAGUCUGUUGAGGAUAGAUUCAACUCGAAGUACCAAUACGAUUGGGUUUUCUUGAAUGAUGUUGAGUUCAACGAUGAUUUCAAAAAGACUAUGACCGCUUUAAUUAGUGGUACAGUCAAAUUCGGUGUUAUUCCAAAAGAACAUUGGUCCUUCCCAUCUUGGAUCGACCAAGAUCGUGCUGCAGAAACUAGAAAGAAGAUGAAGGAAGAAAAAAUCAUCUACGGUGAUUCCAUUCCAUACAGACACAUGUGUAGAUUCGAAAGUGGUUUCUUCUGGAGACAUCCGUUACUAGACGAAUACGAAUAUUAUUGGAGAGUCGAACCAGACACGAAACUGCAUUGUGAUAUUGAUUAUGAUAUUUUCAGAUUCAUGAAGGAUAACAAAAAGAAAUACGGUUUCACUAUUUCGAUCAAAGAGUUCAUGAAGACAAUUCCUACUUUAUGGGAUACCACUUUGAACUUUACUUCAUUACAUCCAGAAUUUGUUAACAAGAAUAACAUGCUAGAUUUUAUCAGUAAUGAUAAUGGUAAGACUUAUAACUCGUGUCAUUUCUGGUCUAACUUCGAAAUUGCUUCUUUAGAUUUCUGGAGAUCUGAAGCGUACACAAAGUACUUUGAAUAUCUGGACAAUGCAGGUGGCUUCUUCUAUGAAAGAUGGGGUGAUGCACCAGUCCAUUCCAUUGCCGCUUCUUUAUUCUUAGACCGUAAUGAAAUUCAUCAUUUUGCUGAUUUAGGAUACUUCCAUGGUCCAUUCCACCAGUGCCCAAUCGAUGAUGUUUUCAGACUGGGAAACAGAUGUGCAUGUAAACCAAAGGAUGACUUCACAUGGAAGGGUUACUCUUGCAACACUAAAUAUUAUGAUGUUAACAAGUUAAAGAAACCUGAAAAUUGGGAAGAUUACAAGAAAUAG